AUGGCCACUGCGGAAGAUGCCCGCAUUGCAGCUCUCCAGAAAUUCACCGCCUGUGACAUAUCAGAUGCCCUCGUCAAGCUCAAAGUCUCCGGAGGGGGCUUCAUACCCGACCUCCAGCUUCUGGGCCAACCAAACCCUGCAAACGCUUCCGUUACCAUAGCACCGGCGUCCACAAUCCUGUUUGCCCGGAAAGGCGAGAAGCUGGACUCGCCUCCCACCAACAUCCCCAAAGACACCCACUGGGCAGACAUAACCCAACCAGGAAGUGUCGUGAUCAUUAGGCAGCCCGAUGGCCAAAAGAACGCUGUCUGCGGGGGUAUCAUGGCCGUCCGGAUGAAGGUCCGCCAAGCCAAGGCGGUGGUGGUCGUGGGUCGCGCAAGGGACCUGGACGAACUGACCAGUACGGGCCUGCCCAUCUGGUCGCGAGGCCUGUCCACUGUUGGAGCCGGGGCGGACAGCACGCCGUGGGCAGUCCAGGUACCCAUUACCGUGGAUGGCACAGUCGUCAAUCCCGGCGACCUCGUCUUUGCUGACCCGGUCAACGGUGUUGUUGUCAUUCCUCGAGAUAAGAUCGACCAGGUGUUGGAGCUCCUGCCGAAACUGACUGCUGCGGAUGAUAAGGUCAAGGAGGAUGUGCUGAAGGGCGUGAGCGUCUUUGACGCUUUCAAGUCUCAUCGGAGCAAUCUAUGA